GCGUUGCACCAGCGGUGAGGUCUCUAUGGCAAUGCCCCCGGCUGCUGAAGCGGAACACAGGUGACGAGGCGAAGGCGGACGCAGGUGCGAGGACUCCGAGGGGAGAAGGCCCCGCAGGCUCUUCUUGAGCGUCCGGGACCCACGGCCUGCGGGGCCCGCCGGCCUCGCCCUCCCGCCUGUCCCGGGUCCCGGGUCCCGCCCUGCACCUCCCGAGGCUGCCCCGGCGCCAGGGUGCUGCGCCGGGACUGGGGCUCCUCUGGGGCCCCGCUUCCGUCGCUGCGUCAGCUCCCCUCUCGCGCCCUCAGAGGCGAGGACUCAGGUGAAAGGAGCCCGUUUUGUCCAGCCCCCUGGUCUCAUGCAGCCGUUCAGCGUCCCCGUUCAGAUUACACUCCAGGGUGGCCGGCGGCGCCAGGGGAGGACAGCCUUCACUGCCUCAGGGAAGAAUAGGAAUAUAGACCACCAUGAUGGAGACCUACCAGAUGUGCACAAAAAGCUGCCGCCCAGUGCUGGAGAGGACCGAGCCAUGCUGCUAGGGUUCGCAAUGAUGGGCUUCUCAGUCCUCAUGUUCUUUUUGCUUGGAAUAACUAUCCUAAAGCCUUUCUUGCUCAGCACUCAGAGAGAAGAAUCAAACUGUACCGUCAUCCGCACUCAUAUCAUGGAUGACUGGAUGGACUGUGCUUUUAUCUGUGGUGUGGAUUGCCGGGGCGAGGGGAAGUACCCAUGUCUUCAGGUGUUUGUGAACCUCACCCAUUCAGGUCAGAAAGCUCUCCUACACUAUAAUGAAGAGGCUGUCCAGAUAAAUUCCAAGUGCUUUUACACACCCAAGUGCCACCGAGACAGGAAUGAUUUGCUCACCAGCGCUCUGGACAUAAAGGAGUUCUUCGAUCACAAAAAUGGGACCCCCUUUACAUGCUUCUACAGCCCAGACAACCAAUCUGAAGAUGUCAUUCUCAUAAAAAAGUAUGACCAAAUGGUUCUCUUCCACUGUUUAUUUUGGCCUACGCUGACUCUGCUAGGUGGUGCCCUGAUUGUUGGCAUGGUGAGAUUAACACAGUACCUGUCCCUACUGUGUGAAAAAUAUAGUGCUGCACACAGAGAUGAGGUGGGUGGCAAAGUACCUUAUGUGGAACAGCAUCAAUUCAAACUGUGGAGUGUGGGGAGGAGCAAAGCAAGGAGCAGAGAGAUCUUAAGAUGGUGGCCAGAUUAAAGUCUUGGCCUAUGGAUGCUUGGUGCUUUUUGCCUCUGAGGACCUAAUGACGCCACUUGCAGACUAACCAUGUUAGAGGCAAUUCAAACAUUUAAAAAGUCUCAUUAUGUAUUCUAGUUUUUCUAUAAAUACAUACAAACUCA